UAUUAUUAUCUAACAAAACCGUCAACGCGGUUACCAAUUUCUUAAACCAAAAACCACCAUCCUAUAUUUUCUCUCUCUAACUUACAUACAAAAAACCAAAAGAAAAAAAAAAAAUACACGGUAACUAACAACCAUCAUUUGAUCUAUAUAAUUUCCAAAUACCUACUCAAUCAUACAAUUCAACUUCUCUCUCUCUCUCUCUCUCUCUCUCACACACACACACACACACACACAAACACACACAAAGAGACGCACAACCUUGCACAUGGCGGCGAACCGGUGGGUACUGAUCGGGCGGCUGAAAAGGGCGGUGAAAAAGAUAAAAUUCCUGCUCGAUUACAACGUGAACAGAUUGAAGCUGGCAUCAAUGAUCGGGGGCUCACCCAGUAAGAGAAGAUUAAGCUUCAACGAGAAACCCGGAUUAAUAGGGUGUGUGGAAGAUCCGGACCCGUACGAGGAACCCGGAUCCGCGAGGAGUCUUCACCGGACCGUUAGCUAUCCGUCGGAAGAUGACGUGGACAACAGAGCCGAUGCUUUUAUUACCAACUUCUACAAGCAGCUUCAGUUUGAGAGGCAAAUCUCUUUGGAGCUCAGAUAUUACAAUAGGGAUAACAGCUUUGGCUCUGCAAUAUCUCCAUGAUUAUUUUUAUUAGUUUUUGAAUUUUAUUAUUCAAUUUUUUUUUUCGGGAUUAAUGAUUUUUUGAGUGUGUUUUUUUUUUUCUUGGAAGAAAUUAAAGAUAGAUGGAUGGAUUGUUUUUUUUUUUUUUUUUUUUUUUGUAAUAUAGCAGCCAUUGGAGACUUGGUGGUGGAGACUUGAGUUUUUAUGAAAAGGGUCUUCAUCGUCACAAAAAGAAGUAUACAAAUUUUUAUGUGUAUGCAAUUUUUGUUUUGCUUAGUUGUUUUAUUCUUUUUAAAU